AACCUCUCCAUCUUCAGCCCAACUGCCUUCCUCUUACUAGGCAUCCCCGGCCUAGAGUCGCUGCAUGCUUGGCUGGCUGUGCCUUUCUUCUCUAUGUACCUGGUGGCCGUCCUGGGGAACUGCACCAUUCUCUUGCUCAUCGGGACUGACCCAAGGCUCCACCAGCCCAUGUACCUCUUCCUGUGUAUGCUGUCCCUCACUGACCUGGUCCUCUCCACCUCUGCUCUGCCCAAGAUGCUGGCCAUCUUCUGGCUGGGUGCCAGGCACAUUGGCUUCAAAGCCUGCCUGGCCCAGAUGUUCUUCAUCCACUCUUUCACUGCCAUGGAGUCUGGCUUCUUCCUGGCUAUGGCAUGUGAUCGCUACGUGGCCAUUUGCAAGCCACUGAGGCACACCACUAUCCUCACAGGAACCCGCAUCGCCACUAUCGGUGGCGUGGUAGUGGCCCGGGGCGUGGUGUUCUUCUCCCCACACCCAUUCCUGGUGGGGCAGCUGCCUUUCUGCAAGACCAGGAUCAUUGCCCACAGUUACUGUGAGUUCAUGGCUGUGGUCAAACUGGCCUGUGCAGACAUGGCAGUCACAAAGGCAUACAGCCUGACAGUGGCAUCCCUUAUCGGAGCCUUUGAUGUUCUCUUCAUCGGGCUGUCCUACGGACUGAUCCUGUGCACUGUCUGCCGCCUGCCCUCCAAAGAGGCUGGCCUCAAGGCGCUGGGGACCUGUGGAUCCCACAUCUGUGUCAUCCUUGUCUUCUACACCACUGCAGUCUUCACAUUCCUCACGCAUCGCUUCAGUCAAGGCAGCAUCCCCCAUCACGUCCACAUCCUCAUCGCCAAUGUCUACCUGCUGGUGCCACCAACACUGAACCCCAUCAUCUAUGGGGUGAGGACGAAGCAGAUCCGUGAGAGGGUGCUGCGGGGGUUCCACUGGAAGGGUGUCUGA